AUGAUCAUCUGGAACGAUGGGGUGCAUGUGUACACCUUCUCCGCAUUCGAGACACCUGAACUUCCUGAUGGGGCCUAUGUUCAACUUGUGGCGCGGCAUAGAGGUCGACAGAUCAUCCCAUCAGAUCUGCCAUUCGAAGCUUGUGAACUGGAUCAACUUUUCAGGAGUCUGGAUGAACAGGUUGCAGAGGUUUCUUUGAUGCAGCAGAGCUUGUAUCUGACACAUCGCGAAUCUCUGAUGACCAGAAUGGCGGAAGACUCAGUAUAUAGAUUGCUGACUGGAGCAGAAGUGCUUCUCCAGAUUCGCUUCACCCAAGGAGCAAAAGUCUCCUUCUGGAUGCUGCAGGUUGAUCGAGCUAUGGUACAGUGGUAUGAGACAAGGCUCUGGAUCAGCUCCUUUACGGAGGAUUGGACUGGUUUGGUCAAGCGCUCUUGUGGCUUUCCUCAAAACGCUGAGCCGGCCUUUUUGUUGGUGCUGCCCCGACCUCCAAGGCUGCGAGAUGCACACACUCAUGUGCAUGUUUUGGCUCUCAUUGCCUCGCCGGAGUCUGACAUGAUGACGAUUUUGGUGGAUAUAUAUGAGCCUAACUCUUUUGCUCGAUGUGCAGUCACUGUCCCAACAGGAGCCACAGUCUCUGAUAUUGUCGCCAUUAUCUCCAAGAGCAGAGCACUCCGCUUCUUUGAUGCAUCUCAGAAAUUGAGGCUACAUUGGAAAGCAGAGGAGCGUACGGUCUCUUUUGAAGGUGAUGAUGCUGUCUUUGUUCCGAAUGGGGCUUUCGUGGAGAUUCGAGCACAACCAAAACAGCAAGUCUGCCAGUCUUCAUCUCACCUGUGGCACUCGAGUGAUGUCAGCUCUUUCAUGCAGACUUCCCAGCAGCAGCACCCUGAGAAGUCCGGAGUGUGUCGAUUGGAAGAGUACUCACUGACAAGAGGCAUUUGUGUCGGAGAAAGCGAAGAUGAUGUGUUGAAAAAAUACAUUACAGAAUAUUACCAGAUCGUCUACCACAUGAUUGCUGCACACACCUGGUAUGCGGGUCCAACUGCAUCUGGAAUCAGUUCCCAAUAUCGCAUUUGUGUUUGUCAACUGACGCGCUCCUUUUCAAAGGAUUUCCUUCGUUUGUGGGCUGACAAGGUUGAUAGGGAAGCAUUGAUGGUUGCAACUGUCUUUCCGGCACUUCCACCGAUGGUUUUGCGACGGGAACCUCAUGUGGACCUUGUGGCUGUCACCCUGUCGGCUGUACGCCUGGGUGUUAGAACAUACUUGGUCGAUGUGAUUGGGGCCAGAUUUCAGAAACGAUAUGCUGUCAGUGUUACUGCUAUCACUUUAGCGGUUCUGGCAACAACUCUGCACGUUCGUGAUCUGUGUGGUGAGGACGGCAGUCUUUGCCGACUCUACAAAUAUGCGCCUGCCACUACAAUGGAAUGGACAUGGCGUGACAUGAUUGACGAGCCGCAUGGCACGGGUCUCACCUUGGGAAUUGCACAACAUGAUCAUUGCCUGUCUGAAGACAUUGGAAGCCUUUUUCAGAUGAGAACUGCCAUGACUGUGAGGUCGCAAAGUGGCUUUGUGGACCGUGCAGAGGAGGAUAUUGCUGAUCAUUGGGACCUUCUGAUCUGGAAUGUCUUUGCACAACGUAUUAAACUGAAUGUGGAUGUGAGCUUGGACGCCAGCUGUAUGGGAUCAGAGAUCCUGCACAUGGAAAGCAUUGAGGAAGCUGACCAUGUGGCAAAUCUGUCAUUGAUGCAGGCUGCGCGGCAACACUUGUCGGAGUACUGGAAUGGUUGUCCAUGGUACUCUGGGGAUGACUAUUUGCUGGUUCAAUGUGUGAUCCUUGAACAGGAAAUGUGUAUUGCAAAUGAGGAGAGAUGCCCUUCGCGAUUCCUACAAGUGGAUGGGCCCAUUUGGGACUUCACGAACUGGUGUAUGGGCCUAUGCAGGUCGAUGACUCCGUACCAACUCCGAGCUUUUCCUGUUUGUGAGGUGGAGCAAAACUUGCCUACGCUAUUGUUGGUUGAUGAAUGUCGGGGAAUGGACAUCCCUGUGCUCAUCCAACUAUUGGUUGGAGGUGAAGUCAGAUUCUUGGUGUACUUUGCCACACAAACGGUUUCGACUCUGCAAGUCUUGGCUUGGGUAGAGGACAAUGUGCCUUUACCGGAUGAGUUCUGCCUGGAGCUCAAUGACCAGCCCAUUGAUAUUCAGCAAUUUGUCUCUUUUCGGCCAGGUGACCUCCUGACCAUUCGUACUCGUCCAGCUGCAAUGAGAGCUCCUAAUACGUCCUAUGAGACUGCUGGAGACAGUUGUCCUGGAAGUUCGCAAAUCACAUGGACCUCGAUGCCACCUGAAGUGUCUACCGGGCUGCUUGGAUCUUUGGGACACGCAAUGACCAGGGAUAACACUGCAACCCUGACGGUACCGAAUGAUUACAUACAGAACUCCGAUGGAAUGGACGAUGAUGCUUACAGCAUGUUGCAAAAGGCUGGGAGCUGGGCUUCAAGGAGGGCCGCAUCCUCCAACCCGCAGCUACACUUGCCUGACUUGGAUGAGUGGGAUGAGUAUGCCUGCAUGCAGCGGCAUGUUUAUACUGGCUAUCUCUUUCAUUACAUCUUUUCUGCCACACGUGACUUCGAGAUUGUUGUGGAUAUGUGGUUCCAUCCUUAUUCGCAGCAAAUGCACCCAGUGCGGAAUGUUGCACGGGAUUUUGAGGUCUCCGACCAAUCUACUUGUUCGAGUAACCCACCUUUGUUCAAGGGAGACCUUUACACCCUGGAUGACGGAUAUUAUCAGGCAGGCGAGUACAUAGUCACAGACUAUCAACCGAUGACUCCCUGUUCAACGUCUCAAUUGAUACUGAAGAUGCCGUUGCUGAAGACCCUUUUGGGAAGUUUGACUGACACAUUUAGCUGUCAAUGGCCGGAUCUGUCCGCGGUUGCCAAUGACUUGCCUCUUAACUUGUUGGUGGAACUCUUGAGUUUGCCACUUGGCCGGAUUGAAGAGGCUGUGUCGCUUGACAUCUUUACGGAUGGCUCCUUCUUUCGAGACGCAGACUUGCCGGCUGGUUGGGCCUUUGUGGUCAUUGGUUCUGGCAUGACAGGACAAAAAUUCCUUCUGCAUGCGGCUUGUGGCCAGGUGGUGGCAGAAGUCCUCGAGGAUAGCUGGCAUGGGGCGGAAGUGCACUAG